AUGGCAGUAAAUCCGCAUGUGUUCGAUAUUGAGAUGGCGCAAGUACCGAGAGAGCAUGUUAAAGAUGUCCUUCGAGCAAUCCUGCAUUCAAUAUUCUUUCAUCGUCUACUCAUCAACAUAACUCCCCGUGAAUUGCGAGUACUCGAAACAACAGUGUCCACUACAGACAGUCCGGAUGUCGAGAUAUUGAUAGAGGAACGUGUAAACGAGUUUGUUCAGAAUAUCAAUACAAGUCAACCAAAACAAGGAAAGAGACUCAAGAAGAACUGGUACCAGUUCACCAAAUCAGAAGAACUUGCUUGCUGGGAGCAGUGGUCUAUCACACUCAACCUUAUCAAUCCACAGACAGAGACAGAGCGACACAGUACCAAGCGGUCAGUCUCUAGAAAUCUGUCGCAAUGCCUUUUGGAUGUUCUCAAGAUGGCAAAUGACUACAAAGAGCACAUUCCGUCUAUUACUACCACAGAGGGCAACCCAUUUCCAUACCAGAUGGCUACACCUGCAAAGUCAGAGACAUGGAAUACAAUGAUAAAGCGGCUAUUAGUCAUAGAUGUACCUCCGGUCGAGAGUCAGCGACGCGGAUCCCUGUCCAGCCCUACGACGACGAGUAUACAAAGAUCUUCGAGUCCGACAAAGGAGCAAAACGCUUUGCGCAUGGCUCUGGAACACGAUCACCUAUAA